GCUUCAACUUCACAGAAACGAAGGUUAAAGGUUCUCUGAGUGACAGCAGAGCUGCAGUCGACACAAGUCUCUGUUUCUCUCUAAAGAAACAUUCAACUACAUCCAGCAGGCUUCUCUCAACAACACAGCAGAAUCUGUCCAACACUGAGUGUAGAUAUGUCUGCUGCCAGCUGUCUGCUGACUGAAGAUCAGUUUCUGUGCUCCAUCUGUCUGGAUGUGUUCACUGAUCCAGUCAGCACACCAUGUGGACACAACUUCUGUAAAACCUGCAUCACUGAACACUGGGAGGUUAAUGUCCAGUGUCAGUGUCCCAACUGUAAAGAGGUUUUCAACACAACACCUGAGCUGCGGGUCAAUACCUUCAUCUCUGAGAUGGCUGCUCAGUUCAGACAGUCAGCUCAACAGAAAGCCAGCAGCAGCAGCUCAGAGACACAAGUUGUUAAACCAGGAGACGUUCCCUGUGACGUCUGCACUGGAACCAAACUGAAGGCCCUGAAGUCCUGCCUGGUGUGUCUGGACUCCUACUGUGAGACUCACCUGGAGCCUCAUCUGACAAGGACAGGCCUGAAAAGACAUCAGCUGAUCGACCCUGUGGAGAACCUGGAAGGCAGCAUGUGUACGAAGCACGAGAAACAGCUGGAGCUGUUCUGUAAGACCGACCAGAUGUGUGUCUGCAUGCUCUGCACUGUUGUAGACCACAAGACACAUGAUGUUGUUCCUCUGAAGGAAGAAUCUGAAGGAAAGAAGGCCGAGCUGGAGAAGACAGAGGCUGACAUUCAGCAGAUGAUCCAGAAGAGACAACUGAAGAUUCAGGAGAUGAAACGCUCAGUGGAGCUCAGUAAGGAAGAUGCAGACAGAGAGAUAGCAGGUGGUGUUCAGGUCUUCACGGCUCUGAAGGAGACUGUUGAGAGAAGCCAGGCCGAGCUCAUCCAGACAGUCAAAGAGAAGCAGAGAGAGACGGAGAAACAGGCUGAAGGCUUCAUCAGAGAGCUGGAACAGGAAGUCUCUAAGCUGAAGAAGAGAAGCACUGAGAUGGAGCAGCUCUCAACGUCUGAAGAUCAUCUCCACGUCAUACAAAGCUUCACGUUCCUGAACGCUGCUCCACUCACCAAGGACUGGACAGAAGUCAGCGUCCGUCUACCUUCAUAUGAGGGGACUGUGAGGAGAGCUGUGAGUCAGCUGGAGGAGACGCUCAGUGAACAGAUGAAGAAGCUGCUUGAGGUCGAGCUGAAGAGGGUCCAGCAGUCUGCAGUGGAUGUGACACUCGACCUUCAUACAGCACAUCCCGUACUCAUCCUGUCUUAUGAUGGAAAACAAGUUAAACAUGGUGAUGUGAGGAAGAGUCUCCCAGACAAUCCAGAGAGAUUUGAUUAUUGUGUUUGUGUUUUAGCAAAGCAGAGUUUCUCUUCAGGAAGAUUUUAUUACGAGGUUCAGGUUAAAGGGAAGACUGGGUGGGAUUUAGGAGUGGCCAGAGAGUCCAUCAACAGGAAGGGAAACAUCACACCGUCUCCUCAGAAAGGUUACUGGACGAUACGUUUGAGGAAUGUAAAUAAGUACACAGCUUCUGCUGACCCUGAAGUCACUCUCUCUCUGAAGUCUAAGCCUAAGAAGGUGGGGGUGUUUGUGGAUUAUGAGGAGGGUCUGGUCUCCUUUUAUGAUGUUGAUGCUGCAGCUCUGAUCUACUCCUUUACUGGCUGCACAUUCACUGAGAAACUCUACCCAUACUUCAGUCCCCGUAUUAAUGAUGGUGGUAAAAACUCUGCCCCUCUGAUCAUCUCUCCUGUCAAUCACACUGAGUAGAACCAACAUGUGAUGUUCUACAGAAAGAUUCACUAUCACAUAAUGUAAUACAUGUGUUGUUUCUAUGGUGUAUGCAUUGUGGAUUUUAUUCAGAUUCUGAUCGAUGUGUUCUUUUGCAUCUUUUCUGUAAUGUUUUUCUUUGAUGCACACGUUGAUACUUACUCUUACAGUACACAGAUGUUACAACACUGAUUGAUAUUUUCUAAUGUAGUCUAGUUUCUUCUCAUGACUGCAUUACCUGCCUUUAACACUGUUGCAUCAGCAGAAAAACAGUUCCUUAAAUCUCUGGGUGUGAAAUUCCAAAACGUUUUCUUGUCUGAUCAUUGUUUGUAUAAGAAGUCUUGUCCUCUGACACAUUUGCUGGGGGAAGUCAUGCACUUCUUAAUUGUUCAUGAGAACUUUUCAAAAUAAGGUCUUUUAAGGGUUAUUACAGACAGAUUGUCUUCAGUCUGUGCAGACACUGUCCUAAUUUUAUCAUGUGAGAUGUUUCUGGAUUAAUAUUACUGUUGCAUUAAUGUGUAUGUUGCAUUUUACUGUUGCCCCUCCUUUACAUCCUGUUGGUAGUUUAAUGCAUUAUAUUCUAUAAGAUCAUCAUGUUUGUAUCUUUGUCUCUGUCCUGUUUGAACCACGUGUCUCUAAAAAGUCAACUGUUCAUGAGUCCCUCAGAAAAACAGUUUUCAGCUUUGUGAAGAUGAAUUUUCCAGCCGAUCAAGAGACUUUAAAAACUUGUCUGAAGGAGGAGAAUCUUCUCAUAAAGAAAACUUCAUCCUUCAGUUCAUCACAAACAUUCAUCACAUCUGGAGACACAUGGUUUAACUGGACAGAAGGGUGAUGGAAAAACUAAAGCUGUCAAAUAAAAGUAGUGCCGUAAAAAGCACUUGAGUAAA